CUGCCAGCAGCAGGCAGUCAAGCAGCUACACAGCCCAGUGGAGGCGGACCCCACAGCCCGGCACUAACCGUGAGAAGACGGGAAGAGGAGCCUCUCAUUGCAUUUGGAGCAACGAUAACAACAGCUCAGCGCAGUGCAGCUUCACCCAUAGCAGCUGUGAGGGUUGCAAGCAUCUAACGGGGAGGGAAGGAAAUUCAUCUUAGAGAUGAUCUGCGGGCAGUGCACAUCGAAGCCAUUUGCGUAAACAAAACUAUGGGCUGUGCCUCAGCCAAGCAUGUCUCUACUGUUCAAAACGAGGAGGAAGCACAGAAGGGAAAGAGCUACCAAAAUGGCGAUGUCUUUGGGGAAGAGUUCCGGAUCAGAAACGUUGAAGAGGUGAAGUACAUGAAGAACGUCAACCGAGACGAAACAGAUUGGUCUGAGAAGGGAGAUUCUGGACAUGAAGAUGAGCAGAAAGUCGCAGCCAGGAACCAAGAGAACCUGGACAGGAGUACUUUGCCAAAUGUUAAGACUAAACUCAGCAAAGAGGCACCGAUACUGACGCAGGCACCGAGAGCAAACAUUCAUACUUCAGACAGUCAACAGGAGUUCUUCAGGAUGUUGGAUGAGAAAAUCGAAAGGGGCCGAGACUAUUGUUCAGAAGAAGAGGAUGUUACAUAGUGCCAAUCCCCGUCACACAACGUAUGACGACCACUGUGUAAAUAGACUGAAGCCAGAACCAGUAUGUUCAAGUGACUGCAAAAGGCAUUACAUUGGAAGGUGGAAGCCUUUUGGCAUUGCGUGUUAUGAGACUUACUCCUCCUUUAGGAUGAACAUGCAAGCAACGCUGAGGACUAUCAAUCAACUUUCUCUUUGCUGCUAAAUCAUUUCCUUUUGCAUUUUCCACUUUUCUUGCCCCGCAAGUUCCCAACUCUGAAUGUUGCCUCUAACUUCGAAGAAGGUUGCCGACAUCGUUAAUGGGAAGUGUGUCCGGAAAAGGCCGUGUGGUUGGCUUUAUAUUGCAGUCCGUGAUCUUGAGACACAAGCUUUUCUCCGAUAAACUUAUGAGCCUGUGAAAGACUUCUGUCAGAUCUUGUGAUUUUCAGUUUGAUCCUACCGUAGAACACUACUUGUUCUUAAUUUGUUCUUCAAUCGUGUCUGGAGACAGUGAAUGGAUGAAAUGUGUAACCAGCAUUCAAAGGGCAUGUUGCUUUCUACGAGGACACUCGUGUCCAAUAAACCCAACACGGGGGGACACCAAUGCACGAUAGAAAACAUUUACUCUUUCUGUUGGAACUGACGAGCACCGAUCCUGCCCCGAAACAAUAAAACUUACUGUUCCAGGCGCUGGGUGACAUGGUUGCUAGUAGCAGAUAAUGGUGUUCCCAAUGACGUUUCGAAUUUUUUUUUCUAUUAAUAAAAAACAUUGUAGUUUCUCCCUUGUGUUAUGUUGCUUUUCAUCUCGGGAUCAUGGAGUUGCUAUCGGGUAGGAUGAUGGAGAGGUGUUUCUGUUUGAUAGGAUUCUGCGACGCUGACCUCAAUGGAUCACACAAGCAACCUGACAACAGCGAUGAGGCGGGACUUCUGUGGACACUUUGGAAACAUUGGGAUAUCCGUCAGCGAUCUAAAUACAGGUGGGGAAUCGUCUUGCUGAAUUAGUCAAUCCAGCUGAAAGGUUAGGAAGACAGACGUAUAAUAAUCAAUGCAAGAACAAACAAAACAUCUAAUAGUUACCACGUGCCCCGACAAAGGGCUUUCAGCACCUUUGGAAGGUUUGUAAGCCUUCAUUGCCGGAGUUUGAACAUAGCCUGAGGCUCUUGUUUUCUGACCAGGGACCAGUCAGGUUCAAUCAGUGUCUGUCAUUGCUUAAGAUGCCCAAUAUUUGGAUUUUCUGCAGUGAGGAAGUUGGUCCGUGUAUGUCAGUUAAAUGCUUAGAGUGAAGUCAGCUUGUGCUGUCUCCUCCACUGAAGUUAUCGCCUUCAAUUCCAAUCCCUUGCUUUCCUCCCAUUCCUGUUUUACAUUGUUUUAUAAUAACAAUAAAUAAUCCUUGCAUUUGA